AUGGCCUCGACAGGUCAUGAGCUAGGCAACAUGGCCACGGCCACGGCCAAGGGCAUGCGCACCAUCAUAGGGCCGAUCAGUCCUCACAGAGAGAAAGUCUCCAAGAGCGACUACGCCGACCGCGAGCAACUCGCGCGCCUCGGCAAGAAGUCUGUUCUCAAGCCAAAGCAGCAUCUGUCUGCCAAACAUUCCUCAAUGCUAACCCCCCCCUCCCCACAGCGCAACUUUGGCUUCAUGUCCAUCCUCGGCUUCUCCUGCACCAUCCUCAUCACCUGGGAAGCCACCCUCGUGCUCUCCGCCCAAGGCCUCGCCAACGGCGGCUACGCCGGCGUCCUCUACGGCUACAUUGUCGUCUGGCUCGGCAACAUCUCCGUCUUCACCACCCUCUCCGAGCUCGCCUCCAUGGCGCCCACCUCUGGCGGCCAGUACCACUGGGUCGCCAUGCUCGCCCCGCGCCGCUGCGCCAAGUUUCUGAGCUACACCACCGGCUGGCUGGCUGUCGGCGGCUGGCAGGGCAGCGUGGCGAGUUCCGCGUUCUUGACCGGUACCAUGAUCCAGGGCAUGAUUGCCAUGAACAAUGUCGAGACGUACGUGCCGCAGCCGUACCAGGGCACGCUUCUGUUUUGGGCGAUUAUGCUGUUUGCCGUGUUGAUCAAUGCGAUUGUCAGCUCGGCGCUGCCGAAAUUUGAAGGCCUGAUUUUGGUAUUGCAUGUGCUGGGGUUCUUUGCCAUUUUGAUCCCAAUGGUGUCGCUAGGUUAUCACGGUGAUGCGCAGCACGUCUUCACCGAGUUCCGCAACGGCGGCGAGUGGCCGACGCAGGGUCUCUCCUUUAUGGUUGGCCUGGUUGGCAACGUCUUUGCCUUUGUUGGCAAGUCAUCACCUUUCUCUCCUCCACCCUUGCAUACCAUGAAACACACAUCUCUAACAAAUACAGGCGUCGACGCUGCUUUCCACAUGUCCGAGGAGACGCUCAACUCGGCCGUCGCCGUGCCCAAGUCCAUCUUCCUAUCCAUGCUCAUCAACGGCACGACCGGCUUCGCCAUGACCGUCGCCGUGCUCUUCUGCAUCAGGGACCUCGAAUCUGUCCUCAGCUCGCCGACCGGCUUCGCCCACAUGCAGCUCUUCCUCGACUCGACCGGCUCCGUCGCCGGCUCGACCGUCAUGGCCGCCAUCAUCACCAUCCUUGGCGCCUGCGCCACCGUUGGCAUGCUCGCCUCCACGUCCCGCGUCUUUUGGUCUUUUGCCCGCGACCGCGGCCUGCCCUUCUGGCGCGUCCUGUCGCGCAUCGAUGCGCGCACCACCGUCCCGGUGUGGGCGAUUGCGUGCACCACCUGCAUCGCCUGCCUGCUGGCGCUCAUCAAUCUCGGCUCGGCCACGGCCUUGAACGCGGUCAUCUCACUCUCCAUCUCUUGCCUCUACCUGUCGUACUUUAUCUGCGCCAGUCUGCUGCUGUACCGCCGUACGACCAAGGGCUUCCAGAUGCCUGGCACCUCGGAGAUGCCGGCGUUGGCAAACACGACGGGCGCCGAGCUCGUCUGGGGCCCGUGGCACUUGCCAGGUGCACUGGGCAUCGUCAACAACGCCAUCAGCUGCAUCUAUCUCAUUGUCAUCUUCUUCUUCAGCUUUUGGCCCGGCAUGAUGAACCCUACUGCCGCGACUACGAACUAUGCCGCUGUUGUCACCGGUUUCAUCUUGAUCUUUAGCAUUCUUUACUAUGUUUUCUGGGCGCGGAAGGAGUACGAGGGUCCGAUUAUCGAGAUUUAA